AGAGAGAGAGAGAGAGAGAGAGAGAGAGAGACACACACACACGCACGCACGCACGUACAAAAAAAAGGGAAUAAAAACCACACACACAAAGGCUCAAUGACGAUGGCGACCGCAGAUGAAGAAGCGUCGACGACGCCCGUGCGCAUCCUCAUCAUCAACCCCAACACGUCGCAGCACAUGACGGCCGCGCUGGUCCCCGUCGUGGAGGGUCUGGGCUUCCCCGGGGCGCAGUACGCCUUCUUCACGUCGCCGACGCCGGGCAUCCCCAGCAUCAACUCGCCCGCGGACGCGGCGCGGUCGGCCGACAUCUGCCUCCCGCACCUGCUCCCCCUGCUGCCGCACCACGACUGCUUCCUGGUCGCGUGCUACAGCCAGCACCCGCUCGUGGCGCGGCUGAAGGCCGAGUGCGCCAGGCUCACGGCCGCGGCGACCCGGGGCUCCGGCGGCGGCGGCGCCAGGAAGUACGUCACCGGCAUCUUCGAGGCGAGCGUGCUCGCCAGCCUGGCCCUGCUGGGCGAGUCGGAGUGGAAACCCACCACGGGAGGGGAGGACGUCUCUGGAGAGCCCCGACCCGCGUUCGGGAUCGUCUCGACGGGCAAAGUCUGGGAGGAGGCCCUGCAGAACGCCGUGCAGGAGUUUCUCGGAUGUCCCGCUACAAGCACCAUGACGGCGGCCAAGUCGCCCUUCGUCGGGUGCGAGACCACCGGGCUCAACGCGAGCGAACUGCACGACCUGCCCGCCGACGAGGUGCGCAGGAAAAUGAUGCACGCGACCAAGCGGCUCCUCCUGCGCGGCAAGACCGACACCGACACCAUCAAUAGCAGUAGCACUGAGACGACGACCUCGCGUUCCAGUCCAGGAGACACAAACACAGACACAGUCCUCGCCUCGCGUGUCCACGCAAUCUGUCUGGGCUGCGCGGGCAUGGUGGGCUUGGACUCGGCGGUGCGCACGGCGUGCGUCGAGGCGCUGGGUGAGGACAGAGGCAAGGCGGUCUACAUCGUCGACGGGGUUAAGGCUGGCGUCGGCGCGUUGUACGGCCUCGCGCGCGGUGGGUUCUGAGUUUACUCUACCUACGUAUAUUCCUGUCGAAGGUAUGUGUGUAUAUCGUGUCUCUUGUUAGCCUACCAAGCCACACCCCUGCUCGGGUUACAGGACCUUGAGGGCCUUGUCUGCUCGCCUUGCCCAGGCCUCGCUCGUAUCUUGGAGAUGUUGCUGUCGUUAUUGUCGAGGCGCUUUCUUUAUUAGCGGCAUCCCCGUCACCGAGAAAACCGGCACCUCCCGUGACUAUUGGACGGAACAAACACGAAUGGAGCCCAAGAGGUUGGGGGUUAAUAUGUCUUGUGUUGCUAAGGCUAUACUAUGUAGCUGGAUCAAAGGAGUGACAACGAGUUGGACGACCUCGAGAGUCGAGGGAGGGGCGACGGGAACGACAGAACAAGUACACCAGAGUACUCGGGGGGGGAAACAAAUCUGUGCAGUCUAGGAGGUGCAAUGAUUCGACAGAGACCGACCCUUUGGAUUUCGCCGUUCGCAAUGCAAGGAAAAGCAGUCUAGCCACCCCUAUCGCAUCAAAUGCCGAGCGGCUUCGCAAGUCCUGCUAUUUCUUUGCCAUUACCUGCACAUUAGGGUCGGAGGGUCGGUUGCGGGAUCAGAACAGCUUGUGCUCGAGGGUCAUGUCGGAUUCGGGCUGGAGACCAACGCAGGCACGGAAGAUGUUGGUCAGAGCACUGCGCUGUUUGGCCAAGGCGUUGACGACAGGCGUUCCGGGGGGCGUGAGUGGUGCCUGUGAAAGCCAUGUUAGUGAGACGAGGGGCCAAGUCACGGUUCAUAAUGGGCAUCCGUACCUUCAACAUGUAGCUGAGAAUGCUCAGAACACUGUGGAAGCCCUUGUAUUCCGCGGCAGCUUCAGUCUUCCACUGGAUGCGAGUCAUCAUCUCGGCCACGAGGACAAGGUCGAUGAUCAAGGGCGAGGCCAACAAGGAGUCCUCGCAGACAUUGAAAAUGCUGAUCGUCUGGUGGCCCCCCAUGAAGAUUUCGGCAUAGUACUCG